GGGAAGGUGGCCGCGGGCUGGAGCCGCGCGAUGUCGCACGGAGCUGGACUCGUCCGCACCACGUGCAGCACUGGCGCCGCGCUCGGACCCGGGGCCGGCUCGGGGCAGCUGGGGGCGAGCCCCUCGGAGGGGCUGCUGGACCCGGUCUACCCCCGCACCCACUCGGCCCUGCUGAAAGCGGCGCAGAUGGUCACUCUGCUGAUCGCCUUCAUCUGUGUGAGGAGCUCUCUGCUUCAGUGGACCAGCUAUAGCGCCUACACCUACUUUGAAGUGGUGACCAUUUGCAACUUGAUAAUGAUCCUCGCCUUUUACCUGGCCCACCUCUUCCGCCUCUACCGUGUGUUCACCUGUGUCAGCUGGCCCCUAUCGGAAUUUCUGCACUAUUUAAUCGGCACCCUGCUCCUCCUAAUCGCCUCCAUCGUGGCCUCCUCUAAGAGUUAUGGCCAGAGCGGACUGCUGGCUGGAGCGAUCUUCGGGUUUGUGGCCACCUUCCUGUGCCUGGUGAGCAUAUGGCUGUCCUACAAGAUCUCAUGUGUCACCCAGUCAACAGACGCAACUGCCUGACCUCACCUCAGGCCCCUCCCGCGGAAGACUCUGCACAUCACCUGAGCUGACAGAAGGCUCCCAGGGCCCCGAAAGGCCUCUGAACCAGUGCUACUGCUCAGUGGUGCCAAAGUCCCAACCUCAUGGGCAAGAAGGGAGCGUGUCUCUCGCUCUGGGACCCCUGAACCUUUCCGCAGUCCUCCUUGGGAGACAUUCCUUCCCUCCGGAAAGAUAUGCAGCAUCCAGGAAAUCUGGCCUCUUCCUCCUGAUUGCAGAACUGCCUCAGGGACAAUGACCCACUCAACAGGGAGGGCUUUCUGAAUUCUCCCUCAUCCAUGCCUACGUCACAUUCCUCAGGAGAGAGAGUCACCACCUCCUCAUGUUUCCUUGAAUUGGAAAUUGUGCCUGGAAGCUGCCUAUUUUCAAAGAUGAGGCCCAGGAAGAAGCACCAUGUCACCAACCCGUCCCCAAAUCUCCCUCUCUGCCAUGUUGUCACUGUGUGUGUGUUUUUAAAUAAAAUAUUGA